AUGGCGACAGAAUCAGAACCAGAGCCAGCUUUGCCAUUUUCAAUUGUAUCCGUUGUUGAAGACGUUAUUCAAAAACAUGGAAGUAGUUUAAGCGAUAUCAACUUCGCUACAAGAAAAGCUCAAGAAGCUUCCUCAAGAAGGAAUGAAGCAGCUAAAUGGCUGCGAAAUACAGUUGGAAAUGUUGGAGGAAAAGACAUGGUGGAUGAACCUUCUGAACAAGAUUUCAGAAUUGCUUUGCGUAGUGGCAUUAUCCUUUGCAAUGCUCUCAACAAAAUUCAACCUGGAGCUGUUCCCAAGGUAGUUGAAGCUCCAAGUGACAUUGAUAAUAUUCCUGAUGGGGCAGCACUAUCUGUUUAUCAAUACUUUGAAAAUGUAAGGAAUUUUCUAGUAACUGUCGAGGAGAUGGGGCUUCCAACAUUUGAAGCUUCUGAUUUGGAGGAGGGAGGGCAAUGUUCAAGGAUAGUGAAUUGUGUUUUAGCACUUCAAUCGUAUAAUGAGUGGAAAAUGGGAGGUAAGAAUGGAUCGUGGAAAUAUGGUGGGAAUCCAAAACCACCUAGCUUUGAGAAACAAGUUGUGAGGAAACGCGUAGAACCAUUUACAAAGUCUUUGUCAAGAACUAAGUCAAUAGGUGACAAAGAUAGUUGGCCGGGUGAUCACUCUUCAAACAUUGAUGCUGUACUGCCUGAUCCCACUGAAGCGAGUUCUAUUCCUUCUGUGUUUUCACUAGUUCGUGAAAUUUUGCAUGAUAAGAAGCAAGAAGAAAUUCCAAUUAUAAUGGAAUCUCUGCUUAGCAAAGUCAUGGAGGAGUUUGAAAGUCGCGUGCUCACCAUACAACAACAAACAUCUAUUACACCCCGAGAAGAUAAGACACCAUCUAAAGGAUUGAAUUCAAAUUUAAAAGCUGUUGAUGGUGAUGAAGAGAUGGAAGAAAAUGAUGGCAGUGAAGAAUCAAGUAGCCAGCUUUUGAAGCAUCAAAACUGCCAAAACAUAAUUCAAAGGCAAAAUGAAAACAUCCAGGAGUUGAAAAUGAUUGUUCAUCAAACAAAAGAAGGAAUGCACUGUCUAAAUAAAAAAUACAGGGAGGAUUUCGUCUAUCUAGCUAAGCAUCUGAAUAGCUUAGCUACUUCUGCUUCAGGAUAUCAGAAAGUUCUAGAAGAAAACCGCAAGUUAUACAAUCAGAUGCAGGACUUGAAAGGAAAUAUUAGAGUGUACUGUAGAGUUCGCCCCUUAAAAGGGCAAGCAAACAAUCAUGGCAUUGUCGGUAAUGUAGAAGAAGAAAGUAUUUCACUCAUAAUGCCUUCUAAGAAUGGAAAAGAGGUGAAGAAGAUAUUUACUUUUAACAAAGUGUUUGGUCCUUCUGCAACUCAAGUGGAGGUUUUCUCAGAUAUACAACCUCUGAUUCGUUCAGUUUUGGAUGGAUUCAAUGUUUGUAUAUUUGCCUAUGGCCAGACAGGCUCAGGAAAAACACACACUAUGUCUGGACCAGACAAUAUUACCGAGGAAACAGUUGGUGUCAACUACCGCGCUUUGAGUGAUCUUUUCAAUCUUUCAGAACAACGGAAAGACAGAAUUCACUAUGAUAUCUCUGUCCAAAUGCUUGAGAUAUACAAUGAGCAAGUGAGAGACCUGCUAAUGAUCGAUGCUUCUAACAAAAGAUUAGAAAUUCGCAACAGCUCCCAUAAUGGUAUUAAUGUGCCAGAUGCAAACCUUGUUCCUGUUUCAUCCACAGCCGAUGUCUUAAAUUUGAUGAACUUGGGACAAAGAAAUCGGGCAGUUAGUGCUACUGCGAUGAACAAUCAGAGUAGUCGUUCUCAUAGCUGCUUGACAGUUCAUGUUCAAGGAAGAGAGCUUACGUCAGGAAAUAGUCUACGUGGAUGUAUCCACCUAGUUGAUUUGGCUGGAAGUGAGAGGGUUGAUAAAUCUGAGGUCAUAGGAGAUAGGCUAAAGGAGGCUCAACAUAUUAACAAGUCGCUUUCCGCUUUAGGGGAUGUAAUUGCUUCCCUUGCCCAAAAGCAACCACACGUUCCUUACCGAAACAGUAAACUUACUCAGUUGCUUCAGGACUCUCUUGGAGGCCAAGCAAAGACACUCAUGUUUGUUCAUAUUAGCCCUGAGCCUGAAGCUCUUGGAGAAACUAUUAGUACACUUAAGUUUGCUGAAAGAGUCUCCACUGUUGAACUUGGUGCCGCAAGGGUUAAUAAAAGUAGCAGCGAAGUGAAAGAGCUGAAGGAACAGAUUGCUAGUCUAAAGGCAACAUUAGCAAGGAUGAAGGAUGGAGAGUUGGAAAAAUUUAAGCAAGCUGAAAAUAGCAUCACUGACAUGACAAGGUCAGCUAAUUGGACUUCCGGAGGUCGUAAGUUACCAAGAGAUGAUUCCAAUAGCAUCGAGGACCCUAAAAAGGCUGCAUCCAAGCUGAAAAGACGAAGCCUUGAUCCUGAAGACAUAUAUAGGAAUUUACCUACACGGCCACAUCCACAUGCUGGGGUAAAUGGAAAUGAGGAUGACAGGGAAUCAGUUUCUGGUAGAAGUAUGAAUAGGGAUGAAAGCUUAACAAUUGAUGAUAGCCUCACGGGACAGUCGCAAAUAGAAAGCAAAUAUUCUCCAUUAUCAAGUUCCUCAUAUCUUUUAGACCCUUCAAAAAUAUGCACGGAGGUGACCACCACACCCACAAAUGACUCUGAUGAGCUUGAGUUAGCAACUAGUGAAUGUUCAACUAGUGAAUGUUCAGAAUCAGACAUGAGUUGGCAUUCUCAUUCAUCCAGAACAUCUACCUUUUCCAAUUUAUUAUUGUCUAGACCAAAGAAAUCAGUUCAUCUUAAACAAGCAAAGAACUUCGAAACCAGGAGUAUGCUCCCGUCGUCGAUUCCUUCAUCGCCAAGGAAACAACCUACAUUAGGUAGUCAACCAAGAAAGCAUCCAGGUUCACCUGCUGCUAAAAGAAGAAAUGGAAAUUCCAAGUGA